AUGAAUUGUGUUUGUGACAACGAUGAAGAAGAAGGUAAUUUAUCAAAGGAUUUUACAUUGGAGUGUUGGAAGUACAAAGAUUUAGAAUAUAUGCUAAAAGACAUUAAUAAUGAUUGUAAAAAUUUAUAUGAAAGAGGUGCAGGAAGAGGGAGAAUAAAAUCAGAUGAAUCUUUUGUAAAAAGUAAAAAUUCAGGGUACUCUAUAUCUUCUUUUUCUUCAAAAAAAUAUACUUCUUCAAGUAAUUCAUCCAAUUUAAACAGAUCCGACUAUUGUAGUAGUUCUUACGAUGAAAUAGACUAUUUGUCUUUAAGCGAUAAAUUAUCUAUUAAUGAAGAUUACAGGAAUAAAGAGGAUUAUAAUUCAACUAAUAGCUUAAGCAAUAGCAGCAAAAAUGAAAGUUACAAUAAUUCAAGUGAGCAAAGCAUUAACGAUAGUUCUGUUAUUCUAUCUAAAAAUAGGAGUAAAAAAAAUAGCAGGUACAGUACUACUAAAAAGAGUAGUAGUAAUAGUAGUAGCCAUAGCAAUAGCAUCAGUAAUACCAGUAAUGAACAAAGAUAUGAAGAUACAAAAAAUAUGUACUAUAACUGCAUACGCAUAUUUUCGUUAAAUGCUUACCUGUACAACGACAUUUUCAGAUAUAACCCUCAUCUGUACGGUAUUUACGAGACUUGCAGGAAUAAUGAAAAUAGAUGUAAACAAAUUGCGCAUUUAUGUUCGCAGUUUGAUUUAAUAUUUUUGAGAUCAGUUUAUGGAAAAUAUCAGAAAAUAUUGUAUGAUAAAUUGAAAUGUACACAUACUAUAUUACUUGAUAAUGUACCUUCAUCAUAUAACUUUUUAAAUGAAAUUUUGUACACGUUCCAAAAUUAUUUUUAUGGUAAUGGGGGGCUAUAUAUUUGUUGGACUAAGAAAUUAUUUCAUCUAUCCUAUUAUGAUUACAUGUUUUUAUCAUCAGAUAUCUUAUUUAAAAGGAAAGUUAUCAAAGUAGUAAAAUUAAUUUAUAAAGAAAAAUAUAAUUUAUAUUUCUUCCUAUGCGAAUUCGAUUUAUAUAGUUUACAAAAUAAAAUGAGUAAUUUAGAUGAUUUAAUUGUAUUAAUAAAGAAAACAUUUUGGAAAAUAUAUUUAUUUCAGCUAUUUUAUAAAAACAGGAAGAGUCUAAAGAGGAGUGAUGAAAAGGUGGACAAUGAAAAUGAAAGUGUGUUUCACGAGGAAACGCAGGUAAAUGAAAUGAUAACAAAAAUAAAUAAGGAAGGGGAAGAAUGUGCAAGGAAAAGGAAUAGACAUUACGUUGCAAAAAAUGAUAUCGAUUCUGACAGAAAUGGAGCAAUCAAUUAUAGCAUCAAUGGUAAUAGCGCUUGUAGUAGCAACCAUAGUAGCAUAAGUAAUGGUGGUAGAUAUUACGACAAUGACAAUAACUUAAAUCAUGGUCAUAAGGACAAACCUAUAUCAACUAUGAUUUUUAGAAACAGCUCCACGUUCGUUAUUGGCAGUUUUAAUAUAGAUGUACAUGAGAACAGAAAUUUAUACGAAAAACUUGUAAGCUUAAAUGGUCACGGAAAAAUGAAGGAUUUAUAUUUUUAUAAAAAUAUCACAUAUAAGCUACAAAAAACUUACAGUGUCGUUGAUAGGAAAAACACUUUAGUUAGUGGUUUAAAUUAUUGUUUCGGUUUAACAGAUAAUAUUUUCGUAGUAGAAUCUAUUUUCAUAAAUAGCGAAGAUAUUGAUGAUUUAAUUUAUUUAUACAACCCGAAAGAAGUAGUAAAAGAAAAAAUAACCAUUUUGAAGAAAUCAAUAAAUAACUAUACUUUAGAUAACUUUCCUAAAUUAAUUAAUAAAAAUGGCAUUUUAAUGAAAUUUAAACAGGUACAUAAUUAUGGUGUAGAUAUAUUAACACAAAAAAAGAAUAAAGAACUAAGUGAUCAUUGGAUAUUAUCAUCUCGAAUUCAUUUAAAAAAUGUGAGUAGAACGAUAAAUUUACAAAUAGAAGAGCAGCUGUCUAAUUUUAUAAUAAACGUUGAUAAGUAUUUUAUUCUUAAUAAAAAAUUUUAUGAUGAAUUAUGCGAAGUGAAAUCUGUCCUAAAUAGAGGAGACGAAAGAGAUAUGGAAAGUAAAAGAAGGGGAAGCAAAACUGGAAUAUAUGCAUCUGAGCCUCUAAAGAUUGAAAAGUAUAAUUAUUUCAAAAAUUGUAUUGUAUGCAGUGAAAACAUAAAUAAUAUUAAUAAAAUAGAUAUUAAGCUGAAAGAUAUUCUGUCAAAAUGUUUUGAAUCUGGAGAAAUGAAGCCGCAAAAUAAUGAAAAACGUAAGUAA